AUCUCACCUCACCUCACCUCACCUCACCUCGUCUCAUCUCACGGUCCUGGUACUGCCUCAGCAUGGCCAUCUCAUCACGCCUCGCCCUGUGGGAGCAGAAGAUUCGGGAAGAGGACAGGAGCCCUCCACCAUCCUCGCCCCCUCCCCUUUUCUCUGUCAUCCCAGGGGGCUUCAUUAGGCAACUGGUCCGGGAGACUGAGAAAGAGUCGAAGGUAGCAAGACGGAGGAAACAGGCAGUGCUUGCCUCCCCGGAACAAGAGACCCCAGAGAUUUCCACCAGCCAACCCAACAGUGGCACCAAAUCUGGAAGCCAGCACAUCUCCCAGGACGACCAGUCGAGCUCUCCUCAGAGCUCAGACAUUCUGGGCAAGAAGAGUGAGGGGGCCGGCACCAUGGACCCGGAGCUGAUGACCAGUAUCAAUGGCGAGAAGCCGCAGGAGUCGGGCCCCAGUGUGACACCAGCCAGAAAAAGCCUGCCCUUCAAGAGAGGGAUAAGGAGGGGCGAUGUGUUGCUGAUGGUGGCCAAGCUGGACCCGGACUCAGCCAAGCCAGAGCAGAGGACCCAGCCCCGAGAUGGCCCCGCUUGCAAGACCCCAGCCACAGACCCUGGAGGGGAAAAAGAGGGGGAGACCCCAGGGACUCCUUGUGGCCCCCAGGCCAGCACCAAGGAUGCAGCUCUGAAGGCUGAGUUGACCCAGACUGGGGAUCUUGGGAACCCAGGAACUGUGCUACUGACCAAAGGCGAGAAGGAUCAAGGCACAAUGGGGAAAGGGGGUGGGGCCCCCCAGACCAAAGGGACGAAAGGGGGUGAGCUCCAGGGCAGGGAGGGGCUGGGUGAGGGGGGGCAGCUGGGGGCAGCGGAGAAAGGGAGAGGGGACCCCCCCAAAAAGGGGGCAAAGUGGAAUUUCUCUAAGGUUGCAGCAGGUGAAGGGAAGUGGGCUGGGGCCCAAGCCCAGGUGAGAAAGUGGGGAGGUUCCCUGGGCAGAAGGAGCAAGUGGGACGGUCCCCAGAGUAAGAAGGACAAAGAAGGUGUGCUCCCAAGUAAGGCGGACAAGACAGACAGACCUCAGACAGAGGAGGGGAAGACGGGCACAGUGCAGGGGAACGUGGGGGAAGCUCCUGGAGCGAUGGAGAAAGCCGCCGAGCCUCGGAGCAUGGCUGGAAAGGCAGGUGAGCCCCAGGGGAAGAUGAAACCGGUGGGACAACCUCAGAGCGAGUCUGGGGAGGCAGGUAAAGCCGGGAGUAAGACAGAGAAGGACUCUGAAGCCCCCAAGGAGGUGGAUGCACAUGGAGAGACCCCAGUUACAGCUGGGAAGGAGGACCAGCCUGAGCGCAGAGGGUGGAAAGCAGAGGACGCCUGCGCUAGAGUCAGUGAUGGGGCUGGGGCCCUGGAGAUGGAGCCGCAAGGACCCGGACAGCCUGCCCUGGAGAGCCGUGUGGAAAAGCCUCAGAGUCAGGAGAGCCAAGAGGGGCCAGCCCUGCAGGAGGGGAGCAGAGGAGGCCAGAGCGGAGUCUCAGACCAGGCUCCUGAGGACAGAUGGUAUGAGGCGGAGAAAGUCUGGCUGGUUCAGAAGGAUGGAUUUACUCUUGCAACGGUGCUGAAGCCAGAUGAGGGAACAGCCGACCUGCCGGCAGGAAGGGUGCGACUGUGCAUUGAUGCGGACAAAAGCAUCACUGAGGUGGAUGACGAUCACGUCCAUCGGGCCAAUCCGCCCGAGCUGGACCAGGCCGAGGACCUGGCCUCCCUGGUCAGUGUCAACGAGUCCAGUGUGCUGAACACGCUUCUGCACCGCCACCGGGCUCGGCUGCUGCACACCUGCGCUGGGCCCGACCUGAUCGUCCUUCAGCCCCAGGGACCCACGGCGCCCUCUGCAGCCAAGGUUCCCAGGAGCUGCCAGGAUGGCCUACCCGCCCACGUUGGCUCCCUGGCCCAGCGGGCGUACUGGGCUCUGCUGAGCCAGCAGAGGGACCAGAGCAUCGUGGCCCUGGGCCGCAGCGGUGCUGGCAAGACCACCUGCUGCGAGCAGGCCCUGGAGCACCUGGUGGGGAUGGCAGGCAGUGUGGAUGGCAGGGUCUCAGUGGAGAAGAUUCGAGCCACCUUCACUGUCCUCCGGGCCUUUGGCUCUGUGUCCACCGGCCAUAGCCGCUGUGCCACCCGGUUCUCCAUGGUGAUGUCACUGGACUUCAACGCCACAGGCCGAGUCACGGCCGCCCAGCUCCAGACGAUGCUGUUGGAGAAGAGCCACGUGGCCCGGCAGCUGGAAGGGGAAGGCAAUUUCGAGGUUUUCUCCCAGAUGCUAGCCGGAUUGGACCUGGAUCUCAGGACAGAACUGUACCUGCACCAGCUGGCAGACAGCAGCUCCUUUGGCAUGGGCGUGUGGCCUAAGCCUGAAGAUAAGCAGAGGGCGGCGGCUGCCUUCGCCCAGCUCCAGGGCGCCAUGGAGACGCUGGGCAUUUUGGAGAGCGAGCAGAGGGCCAUUUGGCGGGUGUUGGCAGCCAUCUACCACCUGGGUGCGGCGGGGGCCUGCAAAGUGGGCCGGAAGCAGUUCAUGCACUUCGAGUCGGCCAGCCACGCGGCAGAGGCCCUGGGCUGCGAGUACGAGGAGCUGAACACAGCCACCUUCAAGCACCACCUGCGGCAGAUCAUCGAGCGCAUGACGUUUGCGCCGAGCCGCCGGGGCCAGGAGGAUGAGGGGGCCAGCUCAGGGCUCAAGAUGACAGGAGUGGAGUGUGUGGAGGGCAUGGCCUCGGGACUGUACCAAGAGGUCUUUGCCGCCGUGGUCUCGCUCAUCAACAGAUCCUUCUCCUCCCACCACCUCUCCAUGGCCUCCAUCAUGGUGGUGGACUCUCCAGGCUUUCAGAACCCCCGGCACCAUGGCAAAGACCGGGCCGCCACCUUUGAGGAGCUGUGCCACAAUUACGCUCACGAGCGCUUGCAGCUGCUUUUCUACCAGCGGACCUUUGUCUCAACGCUGGAGCGAUUCCGGGAGGAAGAUGUUCCUGUGCAGUUUGACCUCCCGGAGCCAUCCCUGGGGACCACGGUGGCUGCUGUGGAUCAGAGUCCUUUGCAGGUCCGCUUGCCAGCCGGAGGAGGUGCUGAGGACGCCAGGGGCCUCUUCUGGCUCCUGGAUGAGGAGGUCCGGGUGGAGGGCUCCGGGGACAGCGUGGUGCUCGAGCGCCUCUGUGCCGCCUUUGAGAAGAAAGGCGCCGAAGGGACCUCUGCCCUCCGGACCUGUGAGCAGCCCCUGCAGUGCGAGAUCGCCCACCAGCUGGGACACGACCCCGUGCGCUAUGACCUCACGGGCUGGCUCCACAGGGCCAAGCCUAAUCUUUCGGCCCUGGACGCCCCCCAGAUCCUGCAGCAGUCGAAGAGGGAGGAGCUGAGGGGCCUGUUCCAGUCCCGGGCCAAGCUGUCCCCUGUGUGCCGGGCCGUGGCCGGCCUGGAGGGCACCUCCCAGCAGGCCCAGCAGAGGAGCAGCACGGUGAGGAGAACGUUUGCCAGCAGCUUGGCCGCGGUGAAGAGGAAGGCCCCGUGCUGCCAGAUCAAGCUUCAGAUGGAUGCAUUGAUCAGCGUGAUCAGACGGUCUCAGUUACACUUCAUCCACUGCCUGGUGCCGAGCCCAGUGGUGGAGAGCAGAGGCGGGCAGGGGUCUCUGACUCCACCGCAGCCUGGUAGAGACAAGCCCGGGGCAGGCGGGUCCCUGCCCUUGGACAUCCCGGCACUGAGGGUGCAGCUUGCAGGGUCCUACAUCCUGGAGGCACUGCGCCUGCACAGGGCAGGCUAUGCUGACCACAUGGGGCUCAGUCAGUUCCGCCGAAGAUUUCAGAUGCUGGACCCUCUGCUCAUGAAGAAGCUCAAGUCGGCCCCCGAGAGAGUGGAUGAGAAGAAGGCUGUGGCAGAGCUCCUGCAGACCCUGGAUCUGGAGAAGAAGACAGUGGCCGUGGGGCACAGCCAGGUCUUCCUCAAGGCGGGCGUGGUCUCCAGGCUGGAGAAGCAGCGGGAGAAGCUGGUGUCUCACAGCAUCAUCUUGUUGCAGGCGGCUUGCAAGGGCUUUCUGUCUCGCCAGGAAUUCAAGAAGCUGAAGAUUCACCGGCUGGCUGCCCAGUGCAUCCAGAAGAAUGUGGCUGUAUUCCUGGCGGUCAAGGACUGGCCGUGGUGGCAGCUCCUGGGCUCCCUUCGGCCCCUGCUGAGUGCCACCAUUGGGGAGGAGCAGCUCCGCGCCAAGGAGGCGGAGCUUAUAGCGCUGAGACAGAAGCUAGAAAAGUCAGAGAGGUCUCGGAAUGAUCUGCGGCAGAACACAGACCUUCUGGAGAGCAAGAUUGCGGAGUUGACCGCAGAGCUGGCCGAGGAGCGCUUCAAAGGGGACGUGGCCUGCCACGUGCUGGAGAGUGAGCGGGCAGAGCGGCUGCGGGCCUCCCGGGAAGUUCAGGAGCUAAAGAGCAAGUAUGAGCAAGUCCAGAAGAAUUUGGGAGAAGUGGAGAAGCAGUUGGAAGAAGCCCAGCAGAAAAUUCGCUUGAAUGAUUUGGAAAGGAGUCACACUGGAGGAGCGGACGAGUGGCAGAUGCGCUUCGACUGUGCUCAGAUGGAGAACGAGUUCCUCAGGAAGCGUCUUCAGCAGUCCGAGGAGAGGCUGGCCUCGGAGCUGGCGUCUAGGAACGAGCUGGAGCAGAAGCUUGGGGAGCUGCAGAGUGCUUACGAGGGGGCCAGGAGGAUGGCCCAGCAGCUGAAGAGGAAGUGCCACCAUCUGACCUCCGACCUGCAGGACACCCACUUCCUGCUGGAGAACCAGCAGAGCCGAAACCACGAGCUAGAGAAGAAGCAGAAGAAGUUUGACACGCAGCUGGCCCAGGCCCUGGGAGAGUCCGUGUUUGAGAAGGGCCUCCGAGAGAAAGCGGCCCAGGAGAACAACAGCGUCCGGUGCGAGCUGGGCAAGCUUCAGCAGCAGCUGAAGGGAAAGGAGCAAGAAACCUUGCAGCUGAAGCAGGAGGUAGAGCUGCUGCAGGCCCAGAAGCAGGAGCUGCUGGGGUCACCCUCUCUGGCGGAGAAUUGCAUUGCGGGCUUGAAGGAGAGACUCUGGAAGCUGGAAUCCAGCGCCCUCGAGCAAGAGAAAAUCCACACCCAGCAGGAAAACACCAUCAAGCAGCUGGAGCAGCUCCGCCAGCGGUUUGAGCUGGAGAUUGAGCGGAUGAAGCAGAUGCACCAGAAGGACCGAGAGGACACGGAGGAGGAGAUGGAGGACAUCCGCCAGUCCUGCCAGAAGCGGCUCCGCCAACUGGAAAUGCAGCUGGAGCAAGAAUAUGAGGAGAAGCAGAUGGUCCUCCGUGAGAAGCAGGACUUAGAAGGCUUGAUCGGAACCCUCUGCGAUCAGAUCGGCCAUCGGGACUUUGAUGUGGAGAAGCGUCUUCGGAGGGACCUCAGAAGGACUCAUGCACUAUUGUCAGACGUGCAGCUCCUGCUGGGGACCAUGGAGGACAGCAAGACGUCAGUUAGCAAGGAGGAGCUGGAGAAAGUGCAAAGCCAGCUGCAGCAGAGUGAAGCCAAGUGUGAGGACGCCUUGAAGACCCAGAAGGCGCUGACGGCCGACCUGGAGAACAUGCACAGCGAGCUGGAGAGCGUGACCCGCAGCAAGAGCCUGGUGGACCAGCAGCUGUACCAGCUGCAGUUUGAGAGGGCAGACCUCCUGAAGCACAUCGAGGAGGACCAGGAUGACCUGAACGACCUCAUGCAGAAGCACAAGGACCUCAUUGCUCAGUCUGCUGCCGACAUUGGGCAGAUCCAGGAACUGCAGCUGCAGCUAGAGGAAGCCAAGAAGGAGAAGCAGAAGCUUCAAGAACAACUGCAGGUGGCCCAGAUGCGCAUUGAGUACCUGGAGCAGUCCACCGUGGACCGAGCCAUCGUCAGCAGGCAGGAGGCGGUCAUCUGUGACCUGGAGAACAAGACGGGGUUCCAGAAAGUGCAGAUCAAGAGAUUUGAGGUCCUGGUGGUCCGGCUUCGGGACAGCCUGAUGAAGAUGGGUGAGGAGCUCUCACGGGCAGCCAUGGCCGAGUCCCAGCAGAGGGAGAGCAGCCAGUAUUACCAGCGGCGCCUGGAGGAGCUGAAGGUGGACAUGGAAGAGCUGGUACAGCGGGAGGCCGAGGCCAGCCGGCGGUGCAUGGAGCUGAGACUCCGCUUCCAGAACCAGCCUCCGCAACUCUCCUGGGAAACAUACAUUGACUCAUCCAUCGACCCAUCUAUCCAGGGUGUCCAUUUGGGGCCGGCACCCCCCGUGUGGGAGAAGUACGUGGAGGAGCUCGCCGCAGUGAGACAGACCCUCCAGACAGACCUGGAGACGUCCAUCCAGCGGAUCGCCGACCUGCAGGCAGCCUUGGAAGAGGUGGUAUCCAGCGACAGCGACACGGAGAGUGUCCAGACAGCAGUGGAUUGUAGCGGCAGUGGCAGAAAAGAGACAGAUAACGUCUCCAUCCUCAGCUCCCAGCCAGAGGGCAGUCUGCAGUCCUGGUUGAGUUGUACUCUGUCCCUGGCCACAGGCAGGGUGAGGACCCCCUCUCGACAGUCAGCCAUCAGCAGCUGUACCCUCAGCCCCAGGAUCCAGGAGGAGGCCAGCGACGGGGCCCAGGACGCCCACGGCAGGACCUGGGGGGACAAGGCCGCGUCCCCGCUCUCCCUCCGCCGAGGAAAGUACGGCCACUUCGGGGACAGCGAAGAGUGUGGCGUCCAGAGAAAGCCCCCGGAGAGGUCGGGCGCGCUGUCCUCCUCCCCGUCUUCCUGGAGUGGAGACGUGUCCCCGCGGCCCAGGGACAAGCUCCCCAGCCCAUCGGCUGCCCUGUCGGAGUUCGUGGAAGGGCUCCGGAGGAAGAGAGCGCAGAGGGGCCGGGGGUCGCCGCUGGGCCUGGAGGACUGGCCCACCCUCCCCAUCUACCAGACCACCGGGGCGUCCACGCUGCGGAGGGCCAGGACCAGCAGCGACGAGGGCGCUCUGGCUCUGAGGGCUGGGGCCGAGUCACCCCUGGAUGCGUCGGCCGGGCUCCUGCGGUCCACCAGCCUGAAGUGCAUCUCCUCGAAGAGCGUGGGGGGUCCCAGCCCGCCGCCCGAGAAGCUGAAGACCCGCUUCAGUUCCUGCGAGUCCCUCCUGGAGUCGGGGCCUGGCUCGCGGAGGACCCCGAGCUCCCCGACGGCGCUUAAGGGCUCGUUCUUGUCACCCACGCUGCGCCCGCGGAGGCGCUGUCUGGAGUCCUCGCUGGAAGAUGCGGGCUGUCCGGACCUCGGGAAGGAGCCGCUCGUCUUCCAGAACCGCCAGUUUGCACACCUGAUGGGGCACCCUCUGGGCAGCGACCCAUUCAGCUGGAAGGUCCCGAGCCUCAACUAUGAACGCAAGACCCAAGUGGGUUUCGAUGACUUCCUCCCGGCCAUCCGGAAGCCGGAGACACCUACGUCCUUAGCCCGAGCGGCCAAAGACGGGCAAGACAGUUCACAGCAUUCAAGCGUCCACUUUGAGACGGAAGAGGCCGACGGGGGCUUUGUCUCAGGGAUCACCACCGUUUUGAAAAGGAGCCCGGAGUCCAAGGAGGACCCUGCUCACCUCUCCGACUCAUCCUCCUCCUCCAGCUCCAUCGUGUCCUUCAGAAGCGCCGACAGCAUCAAGAGUCGGCCAAGAAUCCCACGGCUGGAGGGUGACGGUGGUGAGAGAACAUCCCCUGAGAUCAGAGAGCCGGGGACAGGGAGGAAAGAGGAGGAUGUUGAGAGCAUCAUGAAGAAAUACCUACAGAAGUAGGGACCAGCUCAGCCUCCUGUGACACAUUGCCCUCCUUGAAGACUUCCCGACUCCAUGAUGUUCUGGAGAGAGAGACAAAGACCAGCCAGGCCUCCCCGGGGGCCCCGAGUCCACAGCCAGUGUGGCCGCCCUCAAGAGGCUGGUGGGGGGGCAGCAGAGGCACAUCCCGUGGGGCGUGGGGCUCCCAGCAUGCUAGGUCUGUACCAAAUAAAGUGUUGGCUUCUUGGCAUCUGGGCUUUCUCUCUGUUCUAUGAUCAUGUUACCUAGGACUCUGGAGGAUUGAUGGUGUGCACCUUGGGGCAGAAGGGUUCCGAGGAAGGGGACCAAUGCAAACUGUUUGUAGUUUCGGGUGCACACUGCUAUUUCUUUCCCUGUGUGUCUACAUGCAAUGGCCUUGCUCUCUUGGCCAAGUUCUGCUCAAAUGUCACCUCCUCCAGGAAGUCUUCCCUGAUACAUCAAGCUGAAACAAAUGCUCUUUCUCUAUUCUCCCUUAAUUCCCAUGCUUCUAUCAUAUUUCCCUUGUCUAUUUACAUAUCUACAUUGUGUGUAGAUGUGCGGGCAUUCAAGAAAUUUUGAUGAAUGAGUGACUGAACGAGCAAAUGAACCACGGAACAAGUCAGUGGCUCAUACCCCCUGAAUACCUGGGACACACUGACAUAUAUGCAUCUCUACAAAUGUCCGCCCACAGCAACAUUCAAGAACUUGUGACCAUCUUUUCCCACAGUCCCCCGUACACCUCACAUACACAGACUACCAUGCACAGACAACUAUGCACGUGUACCAAAAACUACACUCGCAAUGGCACACUUACAGCCUGGACACCUGCUUUAUCAAACAUCCUUGAAGUGUCAAUAAUCCUAAAACUAUAGGCUGAUGUUUAUUGAUCACAUACUGUGUACUGACCACCGUGCUAGGCAUUUUACACAGUGCAUCUCACUCCAACUUUAUAAAGUCCCAAGAGAUAGAUCCACUUAUUUUUUCCUAUUUACAAAGACAGAACUAGCUUAUGCCCACAUUCAGGUAGCCAAUGCUACUUCUCCUUAAGUUCCCACUGGCACAGACUCCACGUCCUACCCCACAUGUGCCUCUAUUCCUAGGGCCCCUCUGGUACAGCCAGUCACAGCUGCCAUCAGGAAGGAAAGUCCUGUUGGGAUCACCGGUGAGUUAAUUUGCUAGGGCUGCUAUAACAAAGCACCACAAACUGCAUGGUCUAAACAACAGAAACUUACUAUCUUGAAGUUUUAGAGGCUAGAAUUCCAAAAUCAAGAUGUUGGCAGGGUUGGUUCCUUUGGAGUAUCUUAAGGGACUCUCUUUUGGCUUACAUGUAGCCGUCUUCCUCCUGUGCAUGUCUGUCUCUGUGUCCAAAUUUCCUCCUUUUAUGAGGACACAGUCAUAGUCACAGUCAAUCAACCCUAACCUCUACUUGAUUGCCUGUGCAUAGACCUUAUCCCCAAAUAAGGUCACACUCUGAGCUCCUGGGGGUUCGGGUAUCUUGGGAGCGGGUGGGGGACACAAUUCAAGCCAUAACAACUUACCAGUUGGCGCUUACCCCAAGAAGGGAAGAUCUCAGCUCUGACCAUCCUCGCCAGAGGUUGUGGGUAGAACUGGGAAGGGGAGGAGAGAUGGGGCAGGAAGGAAAUUCACUGGAUGCCCUCCCUGGGAGACCUCACCAUCUGCCCGUCUCUCUGGCGGAGAGAGUCAGUGGAAGAGUGGACUGUGUUUUCUCAGAUGCAGGAGCGUUCUCCCACUUGGUGAGUCUGUAGACAAAUACAUCAUAUAUUUAUAUGUAUUUAAGGAACAUCCCCCACCAGCCUGCCAUGCACAGGAGUGGCCUCAGCUCACCGGAGAGAGCUGGGGCAUGUGGAGGGGACAUCCGAGAUCUCUGCAGGGAAUCAGAGGUCCUGGCAAGGAAGAGGGUGCUGUUCAAAAGCUUGACGACGUUUGGGUGUGGGGUAAGGAUGGGAGCAGACACAGCCCUGUGUCUUCCUCCGGUGGAACCCAUGGAGCCUUGGAAAAGCCACUUCCCUCACUGGGCCUCAGUUUCCUCAUCUCAACGGUGGGAAUAGUUAUUAGACUCUAAUGGGAUUUGGGCAUGGGAGAGUGUAGCAGGCUAUACUAGUUUGCUAGAGCUGCUAUAACAAAAUACCACAGGCUGGGGGUGGGCAUGGUGCCUAAACAACAGGAAUUUAUUUUCUCCCAGUUUUGGAGGCUGGCAUCCAAGACCAAGGUGUUGGCAGGUCUGGCUUCUGAGGCCUCACUCCUUAGCUUGCAGACGGCCGCCUCCUUGCUGUGUCCUCACGUUGUCAUUCCUCUGUGCCCAUGCAUCCCUGGUGUCUCUCUUUGUGUUCAGAUUCCCUCGUCUUAUAAAGGAGCCCAGUCAGAGUGGAUUAGGGCCCAGCCCAGGGGCCUCACUUGAACUUAGUCACAUCUCUAAAGGCCCAUCUCCAAAUGCAGUCACCUGAGGUUAUGGGUGUUAGGACUUCAACAUAUGAAUUUUGUAGGGGUCAUAAUUCAGCCCAUAGCACAUGCUAUGCCAGAGAAGGUGACCAGUUAGUUUAUUAAUAAUGAUCAUUAUUAUUAAUGUAGUGAUCAGAUAAAUAUGUCCCAAACUCCCAGCUUGGUCCCCAAACAAAAGCAAUAGUGGAAAUCCGGAAUAGAGAUUCUCACUGCCUUCCUGGCACUGGAGUUUUGCAGACAUUUUUAGGGCCUGGAACCUGUGUGUUUCCAUGUGCUUCUCCUCCUGUGCCAGCAGGAUUACUUACCCAGGCGAUAUUUGUUGAGCACCUGCUAGGCACCAGGCACUGUUCCCCACACGGGGGAUCCAUGGAGGGCAGGUGCAGCGCCCCCUGCUUUUCUGGAGGCAAAGGGAGACAGACAAUGAGCAAGAAAAUAAAUAUGUUGUCAGAGAGUGAGAAGUGGUAUAAAGGAAAAUAAAGAUGAAAUUAUCUCGUAAGUUUCCUGUUAAAAUUUUUCUGGACAUUUAU